AUGAAUAGAGUAGCCAUAGGACAAAUAUGCUCUAGUUCUUCUUUGAAACAAAACUUGGACACCAUCCAAGGCUUAAUCCAGCAGGCCCUUGACAAAGACGUCAAAGUAAUCUUUUUCCCAGAAGCCUCUGAUUAUCUGUCGCGAUCGGCCAAUCAUUCUCGACAAUUGGCUGGCGAGUCGCCAGAAUUUGUGCAGAAACUUUCGGAUUACAUCAAGAGCGUUUGCAGCAGCUCGGGCAAGAAAAUCGAUGUAUCUAUCGGUGUUCAUCUGCCACCGGACGACGCUGAUCUUGCACAUCAAGACACCAGGGUCAAGAACUGUUUAAUCUAUAUCGACCACUCGGGCGUGGUCAGACAAAGCUACCAGAAAUUGCAUCUCUUUGAUGUGGAUGCUCCAAAUGGACCCAUUUUGCGCGAAAGUCGGUCGGUACAAGCUGGUGCUACAAUCCCGGCGGUUUUGAAUACGCCAGCUGGGAAACUUGGCAACGCUAUAUGCUUCGACAUAAGAUUCCCCGAAUUGUCUCUCAAAUUGCGCUCUGAAGGUGCCCAGAUCUUGUGCUUUCCCAGCGCGUUCACGAUGAAGACAGGCGAAGCCCAUUGGGAGCUUUUGGGCCGUGCAAGGGCGGUCGAUACUCAAUGUUUUGUAAUUAUGCCUGGGCAGCAGGGCCAUCAUAAUGUGUCCGCGGACGGAAGUCCGGGAGACGCUACUGAAAAACCCGUUGAAAGAAUAUCUUGGGGCCACUCAAUGAUCAUAGACCCGUGGGGCACAGUGAUUUCUCGAGCCGAUCCUGCCAACGACGCUCCUCAGCUGAUUACAGCAGAUCUCGACUUUGGUGCCCAAGCCGAAAUGCGGCAAAACAUGCCACUAUGGGACCAGCGCAGGAGAGAUGUUUUCGGAGACUUUAUUUAA